GGAUCAGGAGCAGUCACACUCCCUGUAUUCUUGGAACAACAACCGGUACUCUUACACGAAACAGACAGCACCGCGGAGCCACACACAAACCCACAAGAAAGCAUUCCAAAAAGAACGAACCAAAGAAUCGCGAAAACAAUCGCUUUCCAAGAUGACGACCCAAGGUCACGUACUCGCAACGGUGUUGUUGUUAUCGGAGAUCGUUGGCGGAGGUCGGGCCUUUUCCACCCCGGUGGGUUUCGCGUCGUUCCAACAGCGCCGCAAAACACGGAGCGCAAGCGAGGGACACACGAACGGCGACGGCUCGGCUUUCGACGGUCGCUCGCUUCGGAGCGCACUCUUCGCCGCCCAGUAUUUCCACGAUGACGAUCAGUGGAGCGAAGACGUCGAUGCCGUGUACCAGCAAGAGCUGUUCGAUUACAAUCCCACACAGCACCACCACCACCAACAACAACAACAACAACAGCCGAGCGGGUUCAAUCCCGAGUUUGGUCAGGCACCGGAACAGGAACAGACCUUCGAGCUUCCUAGCAAAAGGGCGGUUUUCGGUGGGGCGGCCCUUGGGACGAUGCUGGUGAUCAACAAUGCCGUAGGCAUGAGUGUUGGAGCAGAACCAGCCAUUGCGGAACCCCAGGAGCCGAGCAGCGAGGUUCCGCACCAGUUGCAAACCUCGGUCCAGUCGUACUCCGCGAUCACCGAUGCGCAACCGGAGGUGACCCUGCCGUACCUGGAGGAGCAGAUCAAAACGGCCGAAGAAGCCAUCGCCCAAGCCGCGUUUGCCGACGAGUCUUCUGCCUCGGUUGCCGUGGGCGAGGAGAUGCAGGCCCCCGAAACUACUUUUGGUUACUCCACACCGGUGGUCGCAAGCACGGAAACUGCGGCCCCGGAAACCAUUGCCACCCAGGCUUCUCCCGCAUACCAGUCUUCCGCAUCGGUGGUUGCAAGCGUGGAGGUCACGGCUCCAAAGCCCGUUGCGGAUGUCGCGAAAACCGAUGCGCCGUCGCCUUCCUUUGUGCGGUACACCAGGGAACACAUGCCCGAGUGGAUAGAGAGGGGUCAACGGGUGUACGAUGCCGCGGCGCCAAAGGUCGUUGCGGGCGGAACCAAAAUCGCGGCCGAGUUCGACAAGAGGGUGACGCCCAUGAUUGUCGAAAAGGAGCACGAGCUCCUGGGAGACGCCAACAGUGCCGUCUUGGACAAGACGCUGUCGAACGUGGCGUACGCGGGGAAAAUGAUGGCGGGGAUGGUCGGCAAGGUGGUGUCCCUUGGAAUCGAAGGCGGGGUCCAGGUUGCCCAGGCAACGCCCAAGGUCAUCAAAGCAGGACAGCAGGUGUACAACACGAUCGACCAGAAGAUCAUGCCGGAAGUUGCCGACACUACCCGAAAAAUGAAAACGAUUGUCGACAAGACGGUCCCGGAAGUUGCCGAGGCCGGAAUGCACGCAUACGAUACCAUCAUGCCGGAGGUGAUGAAUGCCGAGCGGCAGGUUGCCACCACGGUGAAGAACGGGAUCGACAUGGCGAUGCCCACGCUGAAGGAGAUCGAGGCAAGAGUAAUGCCGGUGCUGAACGACAUCGAGCACGAUGUUUUGGGCGACGAGGGAGCAUACAUGCUGGAGAAGACGGUAGCCGAUGCUGCGCAGCAAGGAAAGAAUGCUCUGGACACGGUGGCAAGGACGGUCCCCGAGGUGACGGCGUCGGUGCAGAAGACCGUGGACGGCGUAGCCUACACGGGACAAACCAUUUCCAGAGCCCUGCCGGUGAUUGCGGAGUCCGGAAAGCAAACCUACGAGUCGGUCGAUCGGGGCAUCUCGGAUGCGAUUGCGACGACGCAGGACAUUGCCAGCGACAUUGGUACGUGUUCGUCGUUGCAGUAGUAGCAUUUGUUGUUUAUGGUUGUCGUUCAUUGGUCAUGCAUUUGGCAUCAAGCUGCGAAAAGCCAGCCAGCCAGCCAGCCAGCCAGCCAUCUCCUUCUCUUUGAGAAAAUAGUUGGAAGAGAAGGAAUGAUUGGUCCGAAGCAUUGUUUUUAUCGCUAACCGCUGUUCCUUCUUUUCUUUGCCACACUCGAUGAAAUUUUACAACGCAUCGUUCUCGCAUGACUGCAGAUCGAGCAGCUGGAAAGACCAUGAACGCAAUAGAAGACAACAUGGCUUCCACAACGAGAGCCAUUGACAGUGCAAUCCCGACCGUUCUGGAGACCGGGCGUCGGGUUGCGGUGACGGGGGUCGAAGUGGCCAAGACCGUCGAAACGGGGGGCAAGGCUUUGAUGGACGACAUUGCCGGGUUUGUGGAGGACAACGAAAUCGACAACACGAUCGAGUCGGCCACGAAGCGGUUUGCGAAAACCCAGCCGGUCUAUCGGGAUUUCACCGCUUCCGUGAACGAUCCAAACGAUCUGGGAAAAUUGUGAUGGGAAGGCGCGCGCGCAGGUAGGUACCGCAACCAAGAUCCAAGCAAUGCCGGGGGGAACCAUCGCGAAAGAAACGGGUGACCGUUCGAUGACGAAUGUCCAGAGUCUGAAUGAAUAAUAAUACAUGUACAAUAUGGUGAUGUGAAAGCCAAAGGGAACAUUCCGAACACCGAUAACGAUGAAAACCGAAUGUUUUUGGAAUGCUUGUUUGUUUGGUUCCUUUCUUGGAUCCUUUUUUGGAUCCUUUCUUGGAUCCUUUCUUGGAUCAAUCGUCAAACCCGGACCAGUGCCACUCAAUGGGUAUAUGCAACGAAACCGGGACGUGCACAUUCAAUCUUUUUCUUGCAUACGAGUAUUACUAGAUAUCAAUAUGAAAUUGUAUAAAUUUAUGUUCUUUUA